AGUACAAAACAGAUAGAAGUGACGAUCUGGCUUUUCGAUCGAAGCGACGUCUAGAUCAGUUAUGCAUUGUUCUUUGCUUUAAUUGAACUGAAGGUUGUACUCCUUUUGCAGUGUGUUCAUUUACAUUCUAGGAUUGCGUCUGCUGAGUUGUUGAUUUUCUUUAUUCGAUUUUACUCCGCAAAGUUCACAACAUUUUUUCUUCAUAAUCUUUGAUCGAUACUGAUACAUAUUACACAUACUUCUUAUGUAGAUUUAUUACUUACACUACAACACUUGCUACAACAAGAUUAAGCCUUUCGAAGAAAGUAGUAGUUUCAAGUCAUCAAAUUAUAAUUCCAAAAAAAGAUGUCUGGUUCAUUGGACAACGCGUUGGUCGGAUUCUUGCUCUGUCUCAGCGCGGGCUUGGCAACAGCGCUCGGUGCUGGUGCGGUGUAUUUUGCGAGGGUUGUGCAGUUGAGUUCACCGCGCGUGCUCGCGUGUGGUUUAGCGCUGGCUGCUGGUGUAAUGCUCUACAUCAGCUUCGUGGAGAUUUUUUAUAAGGCCGUAGGGGGUUUCUAUGAUGCCGAACUUGAGCGACUGUCGAAACCAUCGGGCUCGGACGACUAUUCAGACCCUCAGAAGGAGCGGGCAGAAAAGCAAGCUGUUUGGCGUGCUUACGUUACCUUUUUAUGCGGCGUUCUCUUGAUGAUGCUCCUCGAUCAUUUGGUGCAUCGCGUCACUGAGGAGAAGACAACGCAGGAGAAAAGCGCCAGUACAGCACAGGAAGCAAAUGGUAAAUCAAAGGCCGAAGUGGAGAAUGUCGCAGCCGUUGCAGUCUCUGUUGCAGGCGAUGGCGCUGUUGCACAAAAAAAUGCUGAAGUGUCCCCUUCUUCCGCAACAACUGACGCAGCAUCAAUGCCACUAUCUCGUACUUCGUUGCAGCAGUUAGAAGAUGUUGUUGGCCGUGACGCAAUGGAAAAAGGAGCACAUCUUGUGGAGAUGGCUCCACGUCCCGGGAAGGAAGUUAAGCAGAAUUCGCCUCUAAAAGAUCACCCAGAUGGCACCGGAACGUCGGAGGGGGAUAGCAAUCAGGAAGAGGAAGAAAAACUGUUACUCAUGGCGACGAAAACCGCUCUAGCAAUUGCAUUACACAAUUUUCCUGAAGGACUAGCAACUUUUAUCGCUACCCUUAGCGACGUUCACGUCGGGGUCGCUUUGGCAUUCGGCAUCGCCAUACACAACAUUCCAGAGGGUACACCCAAAUACGUAGCCGUUGUCUCAUGGUAGAUGGUUCAUUCUCGGUGAUCAUACGGAAAAUUUUCACGAGCCUUUUCUCAAAACCUAAUUUUUCGAGAAUAGAACUUCUGAUUGAAAUGCAGAAUUCCUUUUUUAAUGUCUGACAACUACCAGCAUGUUACUUGCCAUCACCACCAGGUUUAUGCGUGUCAAUCCCUGUGUACUAUUCAUCGCGGGGCAACCGUCACCGGGCCUUUCUGUUGGGUGCCGCGUCCGGUCUUUCGGAGCCCAUUGCUGCACUUGUUUGUUGGGCCGUUCUCGGUUCUCUUGCUACGGUUGAUGGGACAAUUUAUGGGGUGCUGUUUGGCCUCGUUGCGGGAAUGAUGGUGUACAUCUCGCUCCACGAAUUACUGCCGACUGCUAUAAGAUACGAUCCGAAGGACGAGGUAGUCACCAAAUCGUGGCUCGCAGGGGCUGCUAUUAUCGGCCUUAGCUUGAUAGUUCUGCUGCCGGAUGGAGCAGAGAUGUAG